GUCAGCUGUGUUGGAAUCGGUCUAUCGCUGUCGCUGUUCGCGCUGGCAGGCGUGGCCACCUAUGCCUCCAACACCAUUUUGUUCGACUGCGUGUUGAAAACCGGGCAUGGCUCUUACGGUCAGCUGAUGUUGGACAUUCUUGGGAAGUCUGGGGCGAUGGUCCUCGACAUGUUCGUGUUCAUCGAGGGACUGGGUGCAGUGGCCACAUACAUAGUUUUCAUCAUGGACUAUGUCCCGCAGGUGUGCGCCUUGUGGGGGGACGACCAUUGGUGCACAGACAAGCUCAACGUAGCUUGGGCGACAACCGCGGUGGUGUGGCCUUUGAGCUGUCUCCGCGGUUUGUCUGCCCUGAGGUAUACAUCCACAUGCAGCAUCGCCACCAUUUUGUUGACUUCCAUUGUUGUUAUCAUCAAGGCCCCAGUUCACUUCCAUGCGAAGGACGCCUCGCUGCAGCAUGUGCUGGAAGAAGUCAAAUGGAACAUCAGCGGCUUCCAGGUGCUCUCCAUGGCAUGCUUCGCCUUCAUGACGCACACCAACUCGCCAGAGAUCGCACUGCGCUUCGUCGGCGGGCCACGACUUGCACGCAAGGUGCUCACGAUUCAAACAUGCCUUCUUUGGGCUGUGUACUGUGCCAUCGCUGUUUGUGGCUAUCUGUCUUUCCUGGACGACAUCAAGCAGGACUUCCUCGUAAAUUAUGAAGUUCGAGAUCGGCUCAUCGUGUUGUGCCGAUGUUUGCUGUCUUCUACGCUGGUGUUCGCUUGUCCCAUCAACAUGUUCCCCGCGAUGCAGGCGCUUUUCAACAUCUUGGAGGCCUUGCGUGGGAAGGCGCCUCACGAGGAGCGUUUGUACGACAUGCACCACGUGCGAAUUCCGGUCACCACGGCAGCCUUUGCGCUGGUGCCUGGGGGGGCCUGUCACUGA